AUGGUAAAUGUUUCAAGCAGCAUUCGGGUUCACGAAGUACCAAAGGGUGUAACAGCUAGCAAUGACUUCACCGUUCAAGCUCGUAUAGCUGGAAUUGACCCCUGGUCGUUGUUGCCUUCAUAUGCGUCAAAUUCUGCUGAGCAGAAUCUGACCCGCAACGAGUUCAACAUACAUCCUAUUACUAUCAGCUCGGUGGAUUAUACUCAAGGUCCUCUUGAAGUCCGAGUGCAAUACGAUACUGGGGUAAUCCAUUCCGCUUCAAUCAGACCGAAAUCUUUGGGAAUUGAGACUCUUGUGCAAGGAGAUUUCAUCAGCUUCACGCUUCGACGACACGUGGAUCUCAUGUUGGAAAUCAACAACGACAAGUGGCAGGCAUUACAUUUGCUUACCAAUGAGAUUGACCAAAGUGCGCCAACCGCAGAUUCCGAAAAUGUGUGGUAUUUCGGACCGGGUCUAAACAAUGGCUCAGCAUACGCAAAAGUUGACGGGGGCAACCUAACGGUCCCAUCGGGCACAACCGUGUAUCUUGACAGCGGUGCAUUUCUCAAUGCUAGAAUAUUGUUCAACAACGUGUCGAACUCUGGCGUCCGCGGGCAUGGAUUCCUGUACAAUUCGCCAAAUGGCGGCGCCAUUCUCAUCGAACGUUCAUCAAACAUCAUCGUCGAAGGCAUCACCUCCUUGAACGCGACUGGUUUCACCCUCACGACAGGCGAAGCACGGAACGUCCACAUCAACCGUUACCGCUCUUUCAGCUCCGUUGGAAACGGCGAUGGCCUUGACUUUUUCUGUUCACAGGAUAUCCUUGCCGAGAACUGCUUCCUUCGCAACUCAGACGAUAACCUCGCUAUUUACGGCCACCGCUGGGAUUACUAUGGUGACACCAAGAACAUCACGUUGAGAGACUCGGUCUUGCUGCCGGAUAUUGCACACCCGAUCAAUAUUGGGACACACGGGAACCCUGAGUCCCCCGAGACUUUGAGUGACAUUCAUAUCAGUAACAUCGACAUCCUGGACCACAACGAGGGGCAGAUGUGGUACCAAGGUUGCAUCUCAAUCAAUGCGGGCGACGCGAACCACGUCCAUGAGGUGCUCAUUGAGGAUGCCCGGGUGGAGAAGAUCACAAAGGGUCAGCUGGUCAACCUUCGUGUCAUGCAGAAUGGCAGGUGGACCACGGCGCCUGGCACCAGUAUCCGCAACGUCACGUUCAAGAAUCUGGAGCUGGAUAUGGGGAACUCGAAGUUCGUGAAUCCGUCCCAGAUUCUUGGAUUCAAUUCGACCAGGAACGUUCAAAAUGUCACAUUUGAAAAUCUGACGGUUGGCGGGGAGCUUGUCUACGAAGACAUGUCUAAGCCGGGGUGGUUUAUGAUUUCUGACUAUGUCCCUCUAUUCGCGAACGAGCAUGCAUUGAACAUUUCUUUCAGGCUGAGCAGGUAA